AUGGGAUGUGAGACAGCAAAACAAGCCUGGAAUAAACUUGAAGAGGAGUUUUUAGGGUAUGCCAGAAACAAGCAGAUUCGACUUCAGAACCUUAGAAGGCAAUAUGAAUUACUAAGGAUGAAAGAAAGUCAAAUGGUACAGGAGUUCAUUGAUGCUGUGAUGAAGGUUGUAAAUCAAAUUCGAUUGUUGGGAGAAACUUUAUCUGAUGCUAAGGUUGUGGAGAAAGUUCUUAUAAGUUUGCCUGAAAGAGUGAAGAUUGGAAAUGGAAUGUACUUGAAUGCUGUUGGUAGAGGAACAGUGGGCAGACAAACUCCAUCUGGUCAGAGGUAUGUUGAUGAUGUUCUUUUAGUUCCAGACAUAGCACAGAACUUACUUAGUGUAGGACAGAUGAUGGAAAAACAUUAUACACUGAUGUUUAAAGAUAGUUUUUGCACUAUUUAUGAUCCAUCAGGAGAUCUAUUGAUGAAUGUGCCAAUAAGAAAUAGGUGUUCUCAUGUUAAUUUAAAUGACACACCCAUGAAAAUUAGCUCGAGCAACAUUGAUAUAUCUUCACUUUGGCACAAGAGAUUUGGCCAUUGUAGCUACAAUUAUCUGAAUCAACUAUAUUCUCUGAAGUUAGUUGAGAGGCUACCUAAGCUAAGCAUAUCAUCAUCAGUUUGUAGUGUCUGCAAGUCUGGCAAACAGACCAAAGCUUGCAACACAGCUGUUUAUCUACUCAACAAGUUACGUACAAAGGCUUUGUCAAGAACAACCCCUUAUGAAGCUUGGUACAAUAGUAAGCCUUUAGUUGAUCAUUUCAAGGUAUUUGGAAGUCUCUGCUAUCAUGAAGUUCCUAAGCCUUACAAAACCAAGCUUGAUUCCAGAUCCGAGACACCAAUUUUCAUUGGCUACAGUGAGCAGUUCAAAAGACUUGAAAAACAACAUGUGAUUGGAGUGAAGUGGAUCUUCAGAAAGAAACUUAACUCUGAUGGUACCUUAAACAAGUGCAAGGCAAGACUUGCUGCCAAAGGUUAUUCUCAGCUACCAGGUGUUGAUUUCCUACAUACUUUUACACCAGUAGCUAGGUUGCAUAAGGCUUUGUAUGGAUUGAAGCAGGCUCUUCGCACCCAGAACAGCAAGAUUGAUGUUUAUUUACAAAGUCUUGGAUUUGAGAAGAGUUCUAAUGAAGCUACUCUGUAUUACUUCACUCAAAAGGCCAAGCUCAACUGCAAGUCUAUUUCCACUUCACUUGUAGACAAUGAAAAGUUGACUGCAAAUGAUGGAUGCAAACUCAAGGAUGCUACUUGCUAUAGAAGUCUAAUUGGAAGUUUACUCUACCUCUGUUCAACUCGACCUGAGUUAAUGUAUUCAGUUAGCCUUCUAUCUAGGUUCAUGAGAGAGCCCUCUGACAUUCAUUUUGAUGCAGCUAAACGCAUUCUCAGAUAUCUGAAUGGCAGCAUUCAUCAUGGUCUGUUUUUUGGAAGAUUGAAUGAGAUUAAUCUAUUUGGAUAUUCAGACAAUGACUGGGCAGGGAGUGCUGAUGACUCCAAAAGCACAUAUGGUUAUAUUUUCUCCUUAGGCAAUGGAACUAUCUCCUGGAAUUCACACAAGCAAGCUGUGACUGCACAAUCAUCAGCUGAGGCAGAGUAUAUAGCAGCCGAUGCUACUACUAAUCAAGCUAUUUAG